AUGUGUGUAUCUCGGCUGGUAUUACUGCUGGGGCUGCUUCUAUGUGUGGGGGCUCAGCUGUCCAAUGCCCAGCACUGGUCUCAUGGUUGGUACCCCGGAGGCAAGAGGGAGCUGGACUCUUUCGGCACGUCAGAGAUUUCAGAGGAGAUUAAGCUGUGUGAGGCAGGGGAAUGCAGCUACUUGAGACCCCAGAGGAGGGGCAUUCUCAGAAAUAUUCUUUUGGAUGCCUUAGCCAGAGAGCUCCAGAAGAGAAAGUGACAGCUUUCCACCCUACAGUGCUUUUCUACCUGGUGACCCUCUUCAUCAGUGUCUUUGUCUUGGCACAAAACAACUUUAUGUUUGUCCUCUGAUCUUGUGUCUUUGUUAUAUUUGUCAGUAAAUUUGUUUUUCAGCAUUACAUGAA